AUGCCCACGUGGCUCUUCCUAAAAAAAGCCCUGUCCUGUCUCCCUGGCCGCUGCCUGGCCGAGCCUGCCGAGUGUCCACAGAUAAGCAGCAGACCUCAGCAACCCCCCUGUUAUAGACACAUUAGAGCCUGUGGUGGGAGAGCCAGAGCCAGGCUACAGACUGGCUGACCCCACUAAAGCGCUCUGUACUGGGGGGGAUUAGGACCAGGGCUGCUCCUAAUACACAGACCUACAGUAGAGCAAGGGGACUGUGCAUGGGGCAGGAGGCCUGGGCAGGAGGCCUGGGCAUGGGGCAGGAGGCCUGGGCAUGGGGCAUGGGGCCUGGGCAUGGGGCAGGGAGUGACAGGGCCUGUCUUGGUUGGCACCAUGUUUGAGCAACAGCCGGAUGUGAUAAGAGAAGGGGCCCCCCGCUUAACCCACAGAUUGAAUGCUCUCAGCAGGGACAGGGAGGCGUUCUAACCCGCCUCACUGCAGCUUCUCAACAGUCUGGUAUUUGGCAUUGAAUGUUUUCUUUAUAGAAAUAUCCCAAAGGUCAUGUGUAUGUAUUGCUGUAUUGGUGUUCUGUUUGUUUUUUACUGUGAUGACAUCAACAUUUCCUAGAUACUUUUUGUGUGACAAAUCACUUGUCAAUCAUAAGUGAAUGGUUGAGUCUUGGUUCUGUGUACAGUGUGUUCCUGUAUGUAGGUUUGUGUAUCUUAUCCCUCUCCUCUUGCUUUUCUUGGUACCCUAGACUUGUUCACUUCACUUCCUGCGACACGUGGUCCUUUCACUAUCCCACUGGUUACGGCCCCUAGAGUGAAGAACCAGUGAUUUUGGCCUCUAUUGUGAAGAUCCACCCUUCCAUCCGUCUGUCCAGCACUUCUUUCCAUUCCUGCCCUCCCCCCUCUUCCCCCCUCAUCCGGCACAGCUCAUGACAUCAGCGCAGCCAACAUGGCAUUCUCAUCGCGCUUUUCCUUCUGGGAGCAAAAGGGAAGUCCUGUUCAGUUUUCCUCACAGCACAGUUGGUGCGGCACUGCACGGUGUGGGGACAUGGGGUGGGUUACGUUGGUGUGUCUGCCUGUAGAAAUGUGUGCCCUGCAUGUAUCACACCUCCACUAAGCGUCCAUUUUGGGGCUUGAGAGUGUCACGUCGGUGAAAGCUUGCGGUCUGACAGCCAUGCCUCUGCCGUGGUUUUCUGACGGGGUGUGCUAAAAGUAACCGUUGUCAUCGGAUGCAUGAUCCAAUAUCAGUGUUUGACUCACCGUGGAAAAACCUUGACUGGAGUAAUGUGCUUUGGCAAAAUGACAAGCUCCGUGAUAUUGCUUCAAAUACUUUAUUCUGGGGGAGCUCUGACAGCCAAGCUGGCUUUUGAUUUCAUUUUGAUUCACUGCCAUUUUGUUUGACCAUCACAACACAUCCUGUAGCUCCACAGUAAACUGAUGCCUCCCCAAACUGUUACCCAAAAGAAAAGAUCAUAGUGCUAAAUAAAUAAAAAUAAACCCGAAGCCUUUUUAAGCAGGCCUUGUAGUUCUCAUGUGUCACUAUUACAUAUUAAUGUUCCUUUGUGGCUACAGAUUAGUAUCUGUGAAUAUUAUUAGCCUUAACGUUCAAGUAGACACUGUGUGGUGUGUGGUAUGGUAAGUGAUAGAUAGCUCUUCCACAUAGCAUACAUCCAGGUUUGCAGCAUGGUGUGUGUUUUGCAUGUUGUGCAGUGAGGGGAGUGUUUCCUGCAAGUACCCCUGGCGAGUGACCACUUCUUCUAAGUGUCCCAGGUUUUGACCUCAGUCCCUUGUCUUACCGAACUCUUUAGGUCAAAGAAGAGGUCAGACCACCAGGCUCCAAGACCUCAAACCAGGGUGUAAGUUGAGUGGUAUCUUUCUCAUGUUGUGAAGUUCUAGAGCAGGGCUAUUCAAUUCCGGUCCUGGAGGGCCGAAACACUUCCGGAUUUCAUCCUCUUUUUCUAAUCAGGUACUGAUUUAGUGCAAUGAACUACCAGGUAGAAACAAAAACCAGAAGUGUUUCAGCCCUCCAGGACCGGAAUCAAAUAGCCCUGCUGUAGGCUUGAAGGGAUACUUCGGGAUUUUGGCAUUAAGGACCUUUAUCUACUUCCCCAGAGUCAGAUGAACUCGUGGAUACCAUUUUUAUGUCUCUGUGUGCAGUUUGAAGGAAGUUGCUAACUAGCACUAGCGCAAUUGCUAACUAUUGUUAGCGCAGUGACUGGAAAACUACCUCUGACUUCCUUCAUACUGGACUUGGAGACAUAAAAAUGGUAUCCACAAGUUCAUCUGACUGGGGAAGUAGAUAAAGCCAAAAUCCCAAAGUAUCAGUUUAAGCAGGAAUGUGGAGUGUGUGACUAAAGGGAUCACAGGUUUCUGGGGAUUGGAGUCCAUUAUGGUAUCCUUACAGAUGAGGAGAGGAAGCCACAUCAGACUAUUGAGAUGUGCCUGUCACGUCACUGGUCUCUUACCUGGAGGUUUGCCAUCAGUACUGUGUUUCAACCAGUUGAGCCAUUGGAACCAGACACACCCUGGUAGCUCCUGACAUAAGACAAUUGUCUUUCUCACCACGAUAGGAAACAGUUACUAAUUAACAAGCCGAUGUGAAAACAGGCACAACGUGGAAGAGCGUUGUUAUUUUUCUAUUCUGGAUGUAAUGUCACAGACGGAUGCACUUUUUAAUUGCACAACAAACGCCUGGUGAUCCGUGCUGUGUUUGGCCUCUGUAAUUGCUUUGUAAAUAGUAUAAUUCCUUUAUUUUCAAAUGACGCUGUUUUUUCCUGAAGUCUGUAGCCUCGCUGUGAGAAUUGCAGCCAUAUCCCAACGUAGCCUAAAUAUUAACAAACAGACAGUUUAUAAUAUGCAACACGCGCACAAAUAUAAAAGAUAUUCAGCAACUCUUGGGGGACAAUACUUUAUUAUUAAAACCAGCGUGUUUCUGACACCCUGAUGAAGGGUAUUCGUUUUGAUAAUAAACAAGUAUGUUUUCAACUUAUAUUGUCCUUCAAGAGUUUAUGAAUAUCUUCCACAUUUCCAGUUUUCUCUAUUAAUGCAGCUUGGUUGGAAAGCGAAGAUAGCGAACCACAGUUGACCUUUUUCCUCUCCCAGUCUGAGAGCUCACACAGUGUUCCCUCGCCGGGUACUGUAGGGAGACGGAUCAAAUCAAAUUGAUUUACAAAGCCCUUUUUACAUCAGCAGAUACAGAAACCCAGCCUAAAACCCCAAACUGAUGUGCUGAGCCAGGCAGUGUUCCCUCGCUGGGUACUGUAGGCAGACUGAUGUGCUGAGCCAGGCAGUGUUCCCUCGCCGGGUACUGUAGGCAGACUGAUGUGCUGAGCCAGGCAGUGUUCCCUCGCCGGGUACUGUAGGGAGACUGAUGUGCUGAGCCAGGGCGCGGGUAUGUAGGGAGCUGAAAGAGGGGAAGACUAGAGUGUGUGGCCGCAGUGUUCAGCGAGGCGAAGAGGCAGUGUGUCUUUAACACUUACUCUGCAGCAGUGCAGACAGAGAGAGAGAGACAGAAGAACAGUAGAGAGCCAGCAGGGAACCAGGCCUUGAUCCCCAGCCUGCCGGCAUCCCAAGGGCUGCAUCCCCGCACACUACAGCCGUCCUGGUCUGGACGGGGGAAUCCAUCAGCUAGAAGCCCCCCCCCCCGGGGAGCCAUGGAGCCAUGCCAGGUACUGUAGCGACUGGAGCAUAGGAGGAGGGGAAGAUUAAACACUAAAGCAGGUUAUUAAUGCAUUAAAGUGUUACUGUCCUUCAGAAGUGUUGGUUAGCCUCUUAGGUGGAGGUAGGCUCCGUCUGUGGAAGGCAGUGUAGUAUGUUGGGUUAUAACAAGGCUUGUAAGACGGCAGGGAUAUUCAAGUGUGAAAUACUAGGGGAGAGAUAAGAAUGUGUGUCAUUGGCACGAUGCUCAGUUAGCGUGGGGAGUGAGGUCAGGAAGGACAGUGUGUUAGUGUGUGAUAUGCAGCUGGGAGAAGGAUUCCGCACAAGUGUGUGUGUGUGUGUUUGAGUGAUAUAGCAGGAUUUGCUUGCAGCUGAGUGAAGGUGUGUGUGUCAUUAGAUCUUUCAUUAGAAGCGAGGUGCUGCAGUGCAGAGAGGGGGCCAAGUCUGCACCCAUAGACACCUCUACUAUCUCAGUCUGAAACCUCCACCCACCACCUCUCAUAUCAACCCAUCCUGUUCUAUUUCAGGACCUGGGCAGGCAUGUGGCAGUUGGGUGAGCAUAACAGCACGCCUGUCCAGGAGAGCAAACAAGCACAGUAGCCACAAUCCUGCUAGUGCGUAGGACCUGUGAUCCCUUUGGUCAUCCAUACAUACACUAUGAGACGAUCCAGACAAAUCCAGGGCUGCUCAGAUUAAGUUUUUGGUUGAGUAACCAAAGUGGAGUUUGCAUAUGCUUUAAGCUGAACUGCGUGACUUUACUUUAAGUCUGUUCUGGUUUCUCCUCAUUUGUCUUGCUGCUCUGCUCUCUCCCUCCCUGCUGUGUGAGUAGUCAGACAGCGACAGUGGCAGUAUGAGUAGCCGCUCCCAGUCCGUGCCCAGUCUGGAGCCUGGCAGGGGCCUAUUCCGCACCAAAAGCCCAGAGCCUGCCAAGACACAGCCCGGGGUCAGGGUCAGGAGUCCCUCACCACCCAGGGUACGCAGGGCCGUAAAGGUCCCUGAACGCUUCAUAAGUCCAGUGCCUCCGAUCCAGACGCCAGCACUGCGCUUCAGGAGCCCUGACCCACGCAGAGCUUCCAUGAUUAGCCCUGAGCCUGUGCUGAAUGGGAACAGCAAGCCCAACGGAUCCGUUAACGGCAGUGCCAUCAAUGGAAGCUCUGCCAACGGCAGUGCCAACCAGCCAGACCUGGACAACGAUGAUCAGAGCCUUACCCGUAAGAAGGUAGUGAAGGUGCUGCGUCGAGUGGUGAGGAAGGUACUACCUGCAGAAGAGGAGGAUGCUCCAGCUCCUGAGCCCACCAAACCUGCUACUGAACCUCCUAAAUUGGUACCAUCGCAAGCGCCAACAUCUGUGCCCAAGGUCCCAAAGGUUCCAUUGUUCUCUUUCAAGCACGACACCAUCAAGACAGAGGAGAAGGACGAUAUAUCAGCUGGGCUGGCCAGCCUCAUGGUCCGCGGGAGGACCAGGGACCGCCCUCGCACACGCAAAGAUGAGCCACCUGAAAAAAAACAAGAGGAAGCGGUGAAAAGAGGGGAAAAAGAAAGCCCAAAGUUGGUUGAUAUUAAAUCUAGCCCUAAAGUCGGCCCAGUUUCAAAACAGGAGGAUAAGACUCCCGUGUCGACUGCACCUGCCAAAGUUCCUCCUACUACUUCGAAUUUGACCUCGGUUCCAUCCAAGUCUGCACCCGCAGGCUUCAUCCCUGCCUCAAAGCCUUCCCCGCUCUCACCUCCUGCAGGUUUCAUCCCACCACCAAAAUCAGCCUCCCUUUCUCCACCUGCUGGGUUUGUACCAGCCCCAAAAUCCACUGCUGUUAGUCCUUCAGUUUCCACUGCAGCCCCCAAAUCCUCCCCAGCCAUUCCCCCAUCAUGCUUCGUCCCACCACUAAAAUCGACCCCCAUGUCCCCACCUGCCGGGUUCAUACCAGCCCCAAAAUAUACCCCCCUUUCCCCACCUGCUGGUUUUGUCCCCUCUUCUAAAUCCUCCCCUGUCACUCCCCCUUCAGCAUCCGUUCCCACCUCCAAGUCCUCCCCCAGUACUCCCGCUGCAGGUUUUAUCCCAGCCCCCAAGUCCUCGCCUCUCUCCCCUCCUCCCACCUUCAUCACUCCCAAGGCGAGUCCCCUCUCGCCACCACCGGCGUUCAUCCCGCCCCCCAAACUACCAGCCGUGAAGAAGCCUGAGGUAGGCUUACUGUCCACACUGCAUGGAUCACUUUUGAGAACACUGUGUGAAAAACCGGACGUUAAUCGCUAAUACACAGAAAGCACUCAUUGCGUCUCCAUGAUAACCCCAGUUCUUUUUGUGUGUGUGUGGGGUGUUAUUUGAACUAACUUCACUUAUCUUUAUGAGUUCUCCACUUGUUAGCAGAGUUUAGGCUACAUUUUGGGGCCACGUUGGGCCCAGCCUGCCAAAUUGCUCUCAACUCCCUAUUGAACUGUUUGUUUCUCCAGAACUUUCUCAUCUGCACAAAGUCAGUUUGUUUCUCAGUUUGUUAAAGGGCGCAGUCUCAUGGGGCUGAAGCUUUUGUUGUGUUCGAUGCUCUGAUACCAGCUCCAUCUUUCUCUGAGUUUCUCAUGGGGGAUGGAGCCUGUCUCACACAGCUCUCCUUCCUCACAUCUCUCUCCUGUGAGACGCCAGGGCUGCUGAGACAGCUUCCAGUAAAACAAACAACAAGUUCAGUAGUUAUUUUUUCCCCCAGCCUCAACCCAAGAGACCCUGCUGUCGUCUGCAGCUUGGAAACAUUGUUUCCAAAGGAGGAAAAAGAGUAUCGGGGUGGAAUAUUCUGUCGCUGUGACCUGGAGUUCCAGGGAGACCCGCAGAGCUAAUUACCGAUAGUGACAUUGUCUUUCUGGGGAAAUAGUUUAAAGCUGCGCUGCAGCCACUUUGGCAGGCAUUGGGAUAAGAGAACUAUCUAUACAAUUUGCAGAUGCCAGAUAUGUUAAAAAGGUUUUGUCUUUUUGCUGGAUUCUUGCUGAGUUUUGGCAAUUACCGGCCUCUCAGGGUCUUUGUUUUCUUGCUAGCAGACCACAGGCUGGCUUUGACCGCUACGGUGGCUAUCUGAGUUUGAUAUAGUUGUCUAAGGCUAAAGUUUGCUUGUGGAUUGUUAUCCAAGCUAGUUAUAGUUUUGCUUGGCUUCGCCCUGUGCGUUGAGAUCUGAAUGAUUUCACAUCCAAGUGGGCUUUUGUGUCCCUCGACUGUUGAUUUGCUCAAUAGCUUAGCUAGACUCUGGACGUCUAGAGCAUGGUUUGUUGUGAGUUUGUUCAGCAUGGUUGUAUAAUUUCUUUAUCUUAUAGACUACUUGUAUGUGUGUGUACAUUACUUACGGUGUGCUUGUGCGUGUGGAUGUAUCUGUGUGUAUCAUUUGAAGGUGAAGGCUUUAGCAGCCUCUCCUCUGUCCUCUGUUCCCAUUGAGAAGGCUUCACCGCAGAACAAGUCAUCAACCGUUGCAUCAAAGACUACCCCAACCAUAACCCAAAAGGUGUGUGUGUGUGUUGGUGUGCCCCACAGCAUUCACACAGGUCACUGUUGCUAUGCUGUGGACAUGAGGUAUUGUAUCCAAGUGUGUAUGAGUUCAGGAUUGGCACGGCAUCUAGCUAACAUCUCACAGCAUGAAAAGUACACUUUUCUGUUAUCUAUGAAGCAGUGUUAAGUGUUGUAUGUGGUCCGCUAGAAUAGUGCGCUUUGAUAGCCUAGUAGUUUCAGAGCUCAUCCUGUUGGUGAUCUGACCUCCAGGAGGCGCCACUCAGUCCCACUGAAGAGGCUCAGAGACGCCUGGAGAGGAUCUUCACUACGCCUGUAAAGACCCACCUUCCCUCCUUGUCUUUCUUUCUUUCUUUCUUUCUUUCUUUCUUUCUUUCUUUCUUUCUUUCUUUCUUUCUUUCUUUCUUUCUUUCUUUCUUUCUUUCUUUCUUUCUUUCUUUCUUUCUUUCUUUCUUUCUUUCUUUCUUUCUUUCUUGCGCUCUCACUCUCGCUCUCACUCUCUUUCCCUUGCUCUCGCUCUACAUUUCUCUAUUAUUUCCUCUCUCUCUCUCUCUCCCUCUGGACUGCGUAGAUACAUGCUUCUCCUCUCAUGUCUUUCACUUUUUUAAUCUUUACUUUCUUUCCUUUAUUCAUUUUAACAGGACACAUUGAUUAACAUUCCAUAAAUGAAUUUAGAGGUGCUUAUUUCUUUUCCAUUAACAACCCAUCAUGCUCUCUAUCUCUCCUCCUCUCUUUACAUCUUUAUCUUGAUUGCUAAUAGUAAUUUGUAAUUUUCUUUUUUGGCACAUUUAAUUAAAAGUACAGAUUUAUUAAUUUGGGCCAUAUCCAUUGCCUGGCUACCCAAACGCUACGCCCACGAACAUUAGUUUCUUCUCCACAAUUAAUCUGUAUCUUAGUACCUCCCCGACGAGUUCUAGAACGCAAACACAUUCUAACCAUUUUGAUUGGUCCCAGAAACGGAUGGAUUGGGCCAGAGCCAGAACACACGUGGAUAAAGCAGCGUUUUGAAAAUUCGUCAUUGGCUUUGAUACACUGAUUAGUUAGAAAGGGUCCAAUCGCUGAUGACUUUGUUUUGUACAACACCCCUCAUUUUGACAUCACUACAAAUUACUUCAUUCAUGGCAGUCUCAGACCGAAUUAUGUAUCGAACAUAGAGCAGCGGAGGAAGUCAAUUUGAGUGGUCAGGCAACCAUAUCCAUGCAUGACUGGGUUACUGUGUUCACAUGUUCACUAAUCAUUGUAAUCAUUUUCUGUCUGCUGCUUUUUGUUUCCAUUCUUGUUUUGUCACCUGUCAAACAUUUUAUAUUCUGUUUCUCAUCUCUCUUUGUCUUUCUCUCUCUCCCUCACUCUCUCUCCCUCUCUCCCUCUCUCCCUCUCUCCCUCACUCUCUCUCUCCCUCUCUCCCUCACUCUCUCUCCCUCUCUCCCUCUCUCCCUCACUCUCUCUCUCCCUCUCUCCCUCUCUCCCUCUCUCCCUCUCUCCCUCACUCUCUCUUUCUAAUUGGUGCUUGGCUGCAUCUUUCUGUGGCUGUUGUAUGCUAGCUGGAGCCGGUGGUUCGUGCCUCAGCCCCAAGCCUUUCUCCGGCCCCAGCCCCAACCCCCACGCAGGUACUGUGGCCCCCAGGCGUCCCCUCUGGCGGCCUGGUUGGAGUGUGUGCUCGUGUGGCGUGUUGGAGCGUAAGCCUAGAUUCCUCUUCUAACUUUCCCCUCUCUCACCCUGCCUGUCUAUGUAAGGUUCAUCUGUAAUGGUGCUUGGCGUUUGCUCUUCCUCAUUUGUUUCAGACGCCGAACUCUCUGAUAUUUGUCCCUGAUAUUACCUGGUUCAAUCCUUGCCUGCCCUUCCUGUUUUUGGAACACAGUCUGUAUUAAACAGUGAUAGUGUCUAGAUGCCUCAAGGGAAAUCAAACAGACCUUGACCUGCAUGGAAACUGACAAACCAACCCAGACAAAGGACUUCAAUGUGCAGUUUUUGUUUUGUCAAUAGCAUGGCAGUGGAAUGGAUGGCUGCAUGUUUGUAAGCCCCAUGUGGUGUCCAGUCGCAGUGUGAGUGAAUGGCGGUGGGUGGGGGGUUAUCGCAGCUGUGUGUGAUUUAUGACUGUCAGGUGUUCCUGUCUCGUUGCUCUCUCUGCCUCCCCUUUAUGACAUGAUUAGCUCAUCUCACAGACAUAGAGCCUGACCUCUCGUUCUUUGCCAUCCCCCAGUUUUUCCUCCCCAUCCCUCCCUGAUCUUGACCCUGAUGACUUACAUAAUGUACUCGUUACUUUAGAGAAUAAUGAAGGAUGAGUUAGCCUAUCAUUUGGUCCAGAUUUGCUCAAGCCAUGUUCAUUCAGUCCAUAAGUGAACAGUCUGUAGGGAUAUCGCUCUCCUCGAGGAUGACUCCUACUCUCUCUGUCCCUAUAUAUCUGUCCAUUCCAGCAGCCCAUGAUGAUGAAGGAUGAUGACUUACUGGACAUGCUUGAUGUUUUGUGUUGUUUAGUGGAUUGCUAUCCAUCUUUCCACUGUAGCUCCUCUCUAACUAUGACCUUUGACCCCUUCUCCUCCCCUCACGCAUGCCGUCCUCCAGGGACAGGUGGACGAGGACCCUGUGGCCAUCCUUCAGGCGUCUCACGCCGCUGCCCAACAACCCAAGGUCUGGUCUUUGCUGUGCCUGUGUGUAAUUCACCCCCUCCACCACUCCCACCACCGACCCCUGGAGUGCUGUGUACUCUGUGUGUUGUGUUCCGUUGCAGUGUCGUCCCCCACCCUUCCCCCCACCAAACACAUCUGCGUAGUAUUCACGCAAAGCCAAGCCACCCGCACUCCUUUGGCCAUCUUUCACCUAAUUACAAACAUUUCUGGGGAAAUCAACACUCAAAAUGAAGCUUUUUCGAUGGCACAUAAGAUUUGUGGUUGUCUGGAUUCCAUAGGAUCAAUCAUACCAUCACAUUUUGUCUGGUGUAGAUGUUAUUACAUGACGGCAGUUUUCCAGUUAGGAGACAAUGAGACAGACCCGCUGCAAAAAACAUCACCUGAUUGUGGCUGAUUAUGCAUUAUUAGAAAUAAGCUAUAUAGGCCUACAUUUCACACAAUGUGAAUUUCAUAUGUUUUUUUUUAUCCCUGUGUUUAUGUUUUACUUUAUAAUGUCUUGUUGUCAUCCCUCGGGAUACGGUCAAUCUCUAGCAUUUGGUGUGUGUUGUGCUGCUGUGCUGUGUGGAUAGUGUAUUUAUUCCCCUCAUACUCCUCCCUCCUCUCACCACCAUGCUGUGUAACAUUGAUGUGCAUCCAACAGUGUCUUUGUCCAGAUUCGGUUCACUGAUAAUUCAUGUUCUCUGUCAGAUUUCACUGACUCCUGCUCUCUCUCACUCUCUCACUCUCUCACUCUCUCACUCUCUCUCUCUCUCUCUCUCACGCUCACUCACACUCUCACACACACACACAGCCGGAAGGAGCAUGUCCAGUGGAGUGUGAGAGGCUUUGGGAAGGUCAAGCGUGGUAACACGGAUUGGUCAGGCGUUUCUAGGCGACACUCCGGGCAGAGCUGAGCUGGAGAAAUGUCUCUCUGUGAUCUGGGACUCCUAACUGGUUUUUAUCUCUGCCUGCUCCACCAACGCCUCUCCAGCGCCCUGCCUUUCAUCACAUGAUGCACUAUUAGCAACUCCACUGCAUGCCCACUGUCAGCCCAUUAUCUCCAAUGCUACUGUACAUAAUUGUGUAACAUGCUAUAAGCUCUCAACGCUGGCCUGAUAACCAGAUACUUUAAACACACGUGAGUGAAUGUUAUUGAUGUGAACAGGUGUCUUUGUAGGGAGCACGUGUCCUCUCAAGUCUAAAGACCUCACUGUGGUUGAAAACUGCUGAGUGGUAGCUACUGCAGCCCAGUGAAAGCUGACCUGGCCUAAGGUCAUUGUUGUGCUGUGUGUGUGACUGUUGUCUUCUCCCCAUCUCUUCCAGGUGAAGACAGAGGAGCAGAUAACCACAGAGCAGGCAUGGUACGGCUCAGAGAAGGUCUGGCUGGUCCACAAGGAUGGCUUCUCCCUGGGUAAGUUCCUGUCUUACAUCUUGGUCCAGGAGGGGUGCAGAGCUCUGGCCAUGCUAAUAUUUACCAUUGCUUUUAAACUAUGGGCUAUAGUUUUUUCCUGAAACCAUGUCUGUGCACACUCCAGCAAAUACGUUAUAUCCCAAUACGUUUUUUUGUGUGUGUGUCUGUGUGUGUGUGUAUCCAUAGCGACGCUGCUGAAGACUGAGGCAGGCUCUCUACCGGAGGGGAAGGUGAAGAUCAAACUGGAACAUGACGGGACAGUACUGGACGUAGAUGAGGACGACGUGGAGAAGGUGGGGAGGAGGAACUACACCUUCAAUACGGGGGGGGGGGUGGGGGGCAUGUAGGGGAAAGAUCCAAGAAGAAGGUAGGGGGUCUUUGCACCCGUCAGUCAGCCUGCCUGGAGCGUGUAGCAGACACAGAUGGUCAGCCGGGAUGCAGACAGUCCCCAGACACAGGGGAUUGUGGGACAUCUGUGGAGAGGGGGACAGGUUAGAGUGGAAAAGGUGUGAGUUUGGCAGGCCUCGAUCAGGUGACUCACACAGACAUGGCACCAGGCUCGAAUCACAGAGAGAUCAGUGACAGGACGCUUUAAAAACAGUUUUGGCACAAAGCAUCAAAAACCUCCCAUCAUUCACAACAUGCUGUCUCCAAGACCUUGACUAGAGGAUGUCUGCGCUGCUUUCAGGAUGGAGAAAAAUAAGAAAUCUCCACCUGGUGUUAUGGACAGUCAUUUAACUGUCGUAGGGUGAACUGAUAAUAAGGGUGACUUUGAACAGUUAGUGUUUUCAAAGGCGUCAAGGUCGCCAUCUAAUCAUACAUUUAAUUCUGUUUGAUUAAGGAAGUGCAAACUUGUACCCGUCUGAGGUUGGAGGGAGACAUCUGUUUUAAUUGCAUCAAAGACUUGGCAUCAGGUUCCUGGUGGCUGGUGGCAAGUCACGGUGCGGCAUACUAAGUCCCUGCUCGACUUCUCUUAAUACUGCUCCUCUACUUCUCAGUGAAACUCAAGAUAUUACCAGUCAGAUUGCCAGUCUCAAAUGGACCCCUAGCCUCUACCCCUACAGAGGGCUCUUUGUUUAGAUCAAUCUGACAAUACAAAACAGGUGUAGGCAACCUGGAGAAACUUCAACCUGUCUAAUCAAAAGGCAAGGUCUUGGCAGAUUUGAAUUCUGUUGUUGGUCAUUUCUGUAAGCAGUCCCACUUCAGACAACCAGAGUCCCAGUAUGUAUGAUGUUUUCAUAUUGCUGAGUGUACCUUUAAUAAAGCUCUAGUAUUACAAUACUCCUCAGUCAUUAAUCGUUCACCUUUGACUUUUGCUCCUGUCCCAGGCGAACCCCCCGUCGUUUGACCGCUCUGAGGACCUGGCCUCGCUGCAGUACCUCAAUGAGUCCAGUGUGAUGCACUCCUUGCGCCAGCGCUACGGGGGCAACCUCAUCCACACACAGGCCGGGCCCAACAUGGUCAUCAUCAACCCCCUCAGCGCACCCUCCAUGUACUCAGAGAAGGUGAGGAGAGAGGACACACACAGCAGAUACAUGUCUUCACACACACACGCACAUACCGGCAGACGCACAUUUCAUGACCUUUGAGAACAUACCUGUACCACUCCACUGACAUGAUUCUGGUUUAUUCACUGUUUAGAAUGGUAUCAUGCAUGCUAUUUGAUGUACACAUUGGGGUCUACUAAAUGCUAGAAUUUCUUGUGUAUUUCCUUGCUAUUAUGUCAUUUCCUGUUAGGGAGAGGAGGAUGGAUGAAUUGAAACAGGAGAGAUGACUAGGAGGAUAGAGGGGGAAGUCUUCAGAGGUCCACAGCAUGACAAUGAAAUCCAAUUAUCCUAAUGAGAUUUAGAGGUUACAGUAUUGAGGAGGCCUGCAGGCUGUAAUAUCUACUUAACAUACUGGAACGACUUCCCAUUAGACGGUACAGACAGGGUGCUUAGCUGGGAUGGUGGCGAUUUAAGGACACACACACAGACGCAUGCACGCACACACACACACAGACCCCCUCUGAGGACCGUACAGGAGUCACUGGGAGGACAUGAGGUGAACUACAGUUAAAAUGUUGUGUACCUCGCUCUCCCCCAUCCCUUCUCUCUCUCUCUCUCUCUCUCUCCCCUCCCUCUCCUCUGUCCCAUCAGGUGAUGCACAUGUUUAAGGGGUGCAGGCGAGAGGACACAGCACCUCACAUCUACGCGGUGGCCCAGUCGGCCUACAGGAACCUGUUGACCACGCGUCAGGACCAGUCCAUCGUGCUGCUGGGGCGGAGCGGCAGCGGCAAGACGACCAACUGUCAACACCUGGUCCAGUACCUGGUCUCCAUCGCUGGCAGCACCGGAAAGAUCUUCUCUGGUGAGAGAGUCCUCAGCUAUGAUGAGUUAAUCGCUCUCCUUUUGAACUGGUCCUGGACUCUACCAAAAUUGCUCCUUUACGCCCAGCAAGCAGUAAAGCUAGUGUUCAGGGAUUUUUGUCUAUUAAAUGACUGAGGGAAAUUUAUAAAUGAAAUGUAAAGAAUGUUGAAGGAUUGUUGGGGAUGGUGGCUUAGUUACUUAAGUGUUACUUGAUGACCGUGGUUGCUUAAAUUCACUUAAUUACUCUGUAGGUAAUUAGUAUUAAUAGCUUAAUAGCUAAUUAAGUAAAUAAUCUAAUGACUUCACACAGAUUGUGCAUGUGUUUGUACACAGGAGGACAUUCACUGAGUUGUUACUGAUUUAGAUCAGUGUCAACUAAUUGACUGAGAACUCAGCAGAAAUCCAGGUGCAGUAGAUGUGUUAGUUAGUAGGGUAAGAUAAAGAGCUGUUCCAACAUGCUAGCCAGAGAGGUAGGCAUGGGGGAGAGUGUAGGGGUGGUAAUGAGAGGAGGAGGAGGAGGACGCUGACUUCGAAACUUUGGUUGGAAGAUUGGUUGUGGUUGGCUCAGUAUUCCAGGUGUGUGUGUGUGUGUUCGUGCGUGUGAGAAUGUGCUCCUGUGCAUUUGUGUGUGUGUGUGCAUGUGUGUGUGUGAUGGAUGAGGGAGCCCCUAAUGAUGCCCUGUGGAGCUGGGGGAUAAUUAGCAAAGCUUAUCAAAACUCCUCAGCUUCUCCUGGUUAGCUGUAAUGGGCUAAUGAGAGCUCCAGAACCCAGCCACUACUAGACUAGACUGUUAAACAGGGGAGCUGCUAUGGGAGGUACAGUAGGCUAUAUACACUACAUGCCACAAAAGUAUGUGGACACCUGCUUGAACAUCUCAUUUCAAAAUCAUUGGCAUUCAUAUGGAGUUGGUCCCCCCUUUGCUGCUAUAACAGCCUCCACUUUUCUGGGAAGGCUUUCCACUAGAUGUUGGAACAUUUCUGCGGGGACUUGCUUCCAUUCACCCACAAGAGCAUUAGUGAGGACGGGCACUGAUAUUGGGCGAUUAGGCCUGGCUCGCAGUCGGUGUUCCAAUUCAUCCCAAAGGUGUUCGAUGGGGUUGAGGUCAGGGCUCUGUGCAGUCCUUCAAGUUCUUCCACACCGAUCUCAAUAAACCAUUUCUGUAUGGACCUUUGUGCACAGGGGUAUUGUCAUGCUGAAACAGGAAAGGGCCUUCCCCAAACUGUUGCCUCAAAGUUGGAAGCACAGAAUCGUCUUGAAUGUCAUUGUAUGCUGUAGCGUUAAGAUUUCCCUUCACUGGAACUAAGGGGCCUAGCCCGAACCAUGAAAAACAGCCCCAGACCAUUAUUCCUCCUCCACCAAACUUUACAGUUGGCACUGUGCAUUCGGACAAGUAGCGUUCUCCUGGCAUCCGCCAAACCCAGAUUUGUCCGUCGGACUGCCAGAUGGUGAAGCGUGAUUCAUCACUCCAAAGAACGCUUUUCCACUGCUCCAGAGUCCAAUGGCGGCAAGCUUUACACCACUUCAGCCGACGCUUGGCAUUGCGCAUGGUGAUCUUAGGCUUGUGUGCGGCUGCUCUGCCAUGCAAACCCAUUUCAUGAAGCUCCCGACUAACAGUUAUUGUGCUGACGUUGCUUCCAGAGGCAGUUUGGAACUCAUUAGUGAGGGAGGGUUGCAGCACUCGGCGGUCCUGUUCUGUGGUCUUGUAUGGCCUACCACUUCGCGGCCAGAGACAUUGUUGCUACUAGAUGUUUCCACUUCAAAAUAACAGCACUUACAGUUGACCGGGGCAGCUCUAGCAGUGCAGAAAUUUGAUGAACCGACUUGUUGGAAAGGUGGCAAUCCUAUGACGGUGGCACGUUGAAAGUCACUGAGCUCUUCAGUGUGGGCCAUUCUACUGCCAAUGUUUGUCGAUUGCAUGGCUGCGUGCUCAAUUUUUUACACCUGUCAGCAACGGGAGUGGCUGAAAUAGCCAAAUCCACUAAUUUGUCCACAUACUUUUGGCCAUGUAGUGUAAGUUUCACAUACAUACAUUUACAUUUUAGUCAUUUAGCAGACACUCUUAUCCAGAGUGACUUACAGGAGCAAUUAGGGUUAAGUGAGUCAGACCUGCUCUUUGAGUAAUGAGGUGUUCCUGCUCAUCUUGAACUCGAAGGAGGGAAAGGAGCUCCACUAAGGGAAUCAUUGACAAAGCCUAACUGACAUGACAUAACAUGAUUAUCAAAGAAACACACAGCAUGGUAGUCUAAUCCCCUCACAAAUAGAUCAUUAUUGAAUGUGAAAUCCCAAAACACUGACAUGAUAUUUGAAAUAAAUAAAGCUGUCCUCUAACUGUCCUCUAACUGUCCUCUGUCCCCCUCGCUGUCCACCCCCUUCCUUCCUCCCUCCUCUUGUCCCCCGACCACAUGCCCUACCUCCCUUCAUCCCUGCAGGGGAGAAGUGGCAGGCAGUAUACACCAUCCUGGAAGCAUUUGGGAACAGCUCCACCUGCAUGAACACCAACGCCAGCCGCUUCUCUCAGAUUGUCUCUCUGGACUUCGACCAGGCUGGCCAGGUGGCCUCAGCAUCCAUACAGGUAGGCAGUAUCACGCGCACACACACGGGCAUGGACACUGACAUACGCACACACACAUAUUGACAUCUUGUUGUCCUCUUCCUGUACCUCAGACCAUGCUGCUUGAGAAGCUGAGAGUGACCAAACGGCCAGAGACUGAGUCCACCUUCAACGUCUUCUACUACCUGAUGGCCGGAGCUGACACCACACUCAGGUGAGCCCUCUACCACCUCUCAAUUGGGAUUGAAUUGAAGUGGGUGGUUGCAGUAGAUUGCAGAAGCUUGGUCUUGUGUAUAUCAUCUUGUUCUCAUGUUAACCUUGUGGUGUAAACUAGCUAUUUACGGUGAUUUCAACCUGUUCAUUUCCCCUGUUUCCUCUCAGAACGGAGCUGCACUUUAACCACUUUGCAGAGAACAGCGCCUUCGGAAUUGUGCCUCAGUCUAAAGUAAAUUGCUGUUUUUAUGCUCUUAUUAUUAUGUGUAUUAUAUGUCCUUUUCUGAAUUGUGUGUGUGGGACAACUGGUAAACUGUCUUAACCCCUCCACCUCUUCUCCCUCCCUCCCUCCCUCCCCCCAUCCCUCCCUCCUUGUAGCCGGAGGACAAACAGAAGUCAUCUCAGCAGUUCACCAAGCUGCAGGCAGCCAUGAAGGUGCUGGGCAUCUCAGUGGAGGAGCAGAGGGCUCUGUGGCUCAUCCUAGGGGCCAUCUACCACCUGGGGGCCGCAGGGGCCACUAAAGGUAAGGACCCGUAUCCCUGUCCUACUCGCUGUAGGAUAUCUACUGGACCACUACCCUACUCACUGUUUAACUAAUUGACUGAGAACUCAGCAGUAAUCCAGCCAUGUUAGGAUGCAGUAAGUGUGUGUUAGUUAGUAGGGUAAGAUAAAGUGCAGUUCCAACAUGCCAGCCAGCCAGCCAGAGAGGUAGACAUGGGGUAGAGUGGAUGUUAAAGGGAUACUUUGGGAUUUUGGCAAUGAGGCUCUUUAUCAACUCCCCCAGAGUUCAUCUGACUCUGGGGAAGUAGAUAAAGGGCCUCAUUGCCAAAAUCCCAAAGUAUCCCUUUAAGAGUUUGGAAGAGGAGGAGGUGCAGGGGAAGGAGGGAGGGGCAGCUUGCUCUUGUCCGCUCACUGUUUACUGCUCCCACCAGGGAUCUCUUAUAAAGCUUUCAGUGAUACAUAAAAAAAAACAUAACUAUGUAUGUAGAGUGGGGGAAAAAAGUAUUUAGUUCUCCCACUUAAAAAGAUGAGAGAGGCCUGUAAUUUUCAUCAUAGGUACAUGUAAACUAUGACAGACAAAAUGAGAAAAAGAAAUCCAGAAAAUCACAUUGUAGAAUUUUGUAAUGAAUUUAUUUGCAAAUUAUGGUGGAAAAUAAGUAUUUGGUCAAUAACAAAAGUUUCUCAAUACUUUGUUAUAUACCCUUUGUUGGCAAUGACACAGGUCAAACGUUUUCUGUAAGUCUUCACAAGGUUUUCACACACUGUUGCUGGUAUUUUGGCCCAUGGUAGGCUUUGUUACUUUGGUCCCAGCUCUCUGCAGGUCAUUCACUAGGUCCCCCCGUGUGGUUCAGGGAUUUUUGCUCACCGUUCUUGUGAUCAUUUUGACCCCACGGGGUGAGUUCUUGCGUGGAGCCCCAGAUCAAGGGAGAUUAUCAGUGGUCUUGUAUGUCUUCCAUUUCCUAAUAAUUGCUCCCACAGUUGAUUUCUUCAAACCAAGCUGCUUACCUAUUGCAGAUUCAGUCUUCCCAGCCUGGUGCAGGUCUACAAUUUUGUUUCUGGUGUCCUUUGACAGCUCUUUGGUCUUGGCCAUAGUGGAGUUUGGAGUGUGACUGUUUGAGGUUGUGGACAGGUGUCUUUUAUACUGAUAACAAGUUCAAACAGGUGCCAUUAAUACAGGUAACGAGUGGAGGACAGAGGAGCCUCUUAAAGAAGAAGUUACAGGUCUGUGAGAGCCAGAAAUCUUGCUUGUUUGAAGGUGACCAAAUACUUAUUUUCCACCAUAAUUUGCAAAUAAAUUCAUAAAAAAUCCUACAAUGUGAUUUUCUGGAAUUUUUUUCCUCAUUUGUCUGUCAUAGUUGACGUGUACCUAUGAUGAAAAUUACAGGCCUCUCUCAUCUUUUUAAGUGGGAGAACUUGCACAAUUGGUGGCUGACUAAAUACUUUUUUUCCCCACUGUACAGUGCAUUCGGAAAGUAUUCAGACCCCUUGACUUCUCCACAGUUUGUUACGUUACAGCCUUAUCCUAAAAUUGAUUAAAUUGUUUUUUUUGUAAAUGUAUUAAAAAUUUCAAAACGGAAAUAUCACAUUUACUUAAGUAUUCAGACCUUUCCUCAGUACUUUGUUGGAGCACCUUUGGCAGCAAUUACAGCAUUGAGUCUUCUUGGGUAUGACGCUACAAGCUUGGCACACCUGUAUUUUUUUUGGUACCCUUCCCCAGAUCUGUGCCUCGACACAAUCCUGUCUCGGAGCUCUAUGGACAAUUCCUUCGACCUCAUGGCUUGGUUUUUGCUCUGACAUGCACUGUCAACUGUGGGACCUUAUAUAGACAGGUGUGUGCCUUUCCAAAUCAUGUCCAAUUAAUUUAAUUUACCACAGGUGGACUCCAAUCAAGUUGUAGAAACAUCUCAAGGAUGAUUAAUGGAAACAGGAUGCACCUGAGCUAAAUUUCGAGUCUCAUAGCAAAGGGUCUGAAUACUUAUGUAAGGUAUUUCUGUUUUUUAUUUUUAAUACAUUUGCAAAAAUGUAUAACCUGUUUUUUCUUUGUCAUUAUGGGGUAUUGUGUGUAGGUUGAUGAGGACAUUUUUGUAUUUAAUCCAUUUUAGUAUAAGGCUGUAACGUAACAAAAUGUGGAAAAAGGGAAGGGGUCUGAAUACUUUCCGAAUGCACUGUAUGUACAGCGUGUGUGUGUGUAUGUACAGUGUGUUUGUGUGUGUGUGUUAUUUCCCAGAGAUAAGGAAUACAUACUCAAAUGAAGCGCGAUUGCGUCGUAAAUUAUAUUUGCUUCUCAUCCAUGAGUCGCUUAAUUAAAUAAUGAGUUCAAAGAAAUGAACAGGCGCACAUGCCGAGCCAUUCAUUAGGCCUCCGAGAGAGGAGUGCUAACUUUGUUCUCUCGCUGUGCAUAAAGUCCUUUUGAAGUUGUUUAAUUUAUAAAACUGUUGGAGUGUUGAAUGUGUGCAGAUAUCUCUCUUAUGUUAAUAAAGACCGAUAUAAUAGCUGUGUCUCUGUGCUGCUAGUCUAGAGAAUGUUUAUUAAUGCUCUCUGAUAUUGCCUCCCCCGCAGUCACAGACCUAGACGAAUGUGGUAAUGAACUUUUUAGAAUCAUUAGGCUCCAGACUGCCCCAUCUCCAUAGACUGUACUCUCUGUGUGCGUGCGUGUGUGCUGUUUUUCUUUCAUAUACACAGGGCUGCAGCAGGGUUUUGAGUUGGGUGGAAUCAUGAAGCGGGCGGGGGGUGGGCUGGGGGAAGACCAGUCUCAU